CGGACCACCGCGCAGACGCGCCCUUCCCGGCGGCCCUUGCGCGGCCCUUGCGCGGCGCUCGGCGGCGCGAUGAUCCACGAGCUGCUGCUGGCGCUCAGCGGGUACCCGGGCGCGGCCUUUACCUGGAGCAAGCGCGGUGGGCUGCAGGUGUCCCAGGAAUUGCCGUUCUUACACCCCAGCGAGACCAGCGUCCUGAACCGCCUCUGCCGCCUCGGUACCGACUACAUCCGCUUCGCCGAGUUCGUGGAGCAGUACACGGGACACGUGCAGCAGCAGGACCAUCACCUGUCUCAGCAAAACCAGAGUGGAUUGCAUGGCAUUUAUUUGCGAGCAUUCUGUACAGGUCUUGAUUCAGUGUUGCAGCCGUAUCGACAGGCACUGCUUGACCUGGAACAAGAGUUUCUGGCUGACCCACAUCUUUCCAUCUCGCAUGUUAAUUAUUCCUUGGACCAGUUUCAGUUACUCUUCCCAUCUGUGAUGGUUGUGGUGGAACAGAUCAAGACUCAGAAGAUUCAUGGAUGUCAGAUACUGGAAACUGUCCACAAACAUAGCUGUGGGGGGUUGCCUCCUGUUCGCAGUGCUCUUGAAAAGAUUCUGGCUGUGUGUCAUGGAGUCAUGUAUAAGCAGCUCUCUGCCUGGAUGCUGCAUGGAUUGCUACUAGACCAACAUGAAGAGUUCUUUAUCAAACAGGGGCCUUCUGGGAAUAUCUCUGGCCAACCUGAAGAUGAUGAUGAUGACCUAGGAAUUGGAGGACUUACAGGAAAACAGCUACGAGAGCUGCAGGACUUGCGCUUGAUUGAGGAGGAGAACAUGUUAGCUCCAUCUCUAAAACAGUUUUCUCUGCGAGUGGAGAUGCUGCCAUCGUACAUUCCUGUGCGAGUUGCUGAAAAAAUCUUGUUUGUGGGAGAAUCUGUACAAAUGUUUGAGAAUCAAAAUGUUAACCUGACCAGAAAAGGCUCCAUCCUAAAAAACCAGGAGGAUACUUUCGCAGCAGAACUACAUCGACUCAAGCAGCAGCCACUCUUUAGUUUGGUAGACUUUGAAUCUGUGGUUGAUUGGAUACGGAGUACAGUUGCUGAGCAUCUUUGGAAACUGAUGGUGGAGGAAUCUGACUUACUAGGACAGCUGAAGAUUAUAAAAGACUUUUACCUUCUGGGAAGAGGCGAACUGUUUCAGGCCUUCAUUGACACUGCACAGCACAUGUUAAAAACACCACCUACAGCCGUAACAGAACAUGAUGUCAAUGUUGCAUUUCAGCAGUCUGCUCAUAAGGUACUGUUAGAUGAUGACAACCUUCUUCCUUUGCUUCACUUGACCAUUGAGUAUCACGGAAAGGAGCAUAAAGAUUCUUCUCAGACUCGUGAAGGGCCUUCCCGAGAGCUAUCUCCACGUGAAGCCCCUACAUCUGGCUGGGCAGCUCUGGGCCUUUCUUACAAAGUUCAGUGGCCACUACAUAUUCUCUUUACUCCUGCUGUUCUGGAGAAGUACAACGUUGUGUUCAAAUACCUGCUCAGCGUGCGACGGGUUCAGGCAGAGCUACAACACUGCUGGGCUCUCCAGAUGCAACGUAAACACCUGAAGUCUAACAGAACUGAUGCCAUCAAGUGGCGUCUGAGGGACCACAUGGCUUUCCUUGUGGACAAUCUUCAGUAUUACCUCCAGGUGGAUGUACUGGAAUCUCAGUUCUCACAGCUUCUCCAGCAAAUAAAUGCCACACGAGAUUUUGAGAGCAUACGACUGGCUCACGAUCAUUUCUUAAGUAAUCUGUUGGCUCAGUCUUUCAUCCUCCUAAAACCUGUUUUCCACUGUUUAAAUGAAAUCCUGGACCUUUGUCAUAGUUUUUGUUCUCUGGUAAGUCAGAAUCUGGGACCGUUAGAUGAGCGUGGAGCUGCACAACUCAGCAUUCUGGUGAAGGGGUUCAGUCGUCAGUCAUCACUGCUCUUCAAGAUUCUCUCUAGUGUUCGAAACCAUCAAAUAAACUCUGACUUAGCUCAGCUGCUACUACGUCUGGAUUAUAACAAAUACUACACACAGGCUGGAGGAACCUUGGGCAGUUUUGGGGUUUGAACACUAAGACCUUUCCUUCAAACUGCGACCAACAGCAGAGCAAGCAGUGAAGCCUGUGCAGUUGGCUCUUGCCUAGUGAAGCACUGUCAAAAAGAACUGGCAGGAAGUGCCACCUACCUGCAACUGCCUAGUGAUUAAGAAAGCUUCUCCAUUUGUUCAGAACUAGUACAGAUAUGCUUUCUGCAGUCUUCAUACGCUCAUAAAUGCUUCCAGAGAGGCAGUCUAUGCUUCUUCAAGAAGUGGGGAAAAAAAAACGAAGAAUGUCUUGGCUGUUCAGUUGGACUGCGAUGCUUGGCAAGCUGGAAUAUGCAGGAAGUAGUCUGUUGUUCUUGACCAUAAAUGAAGUUUUAGCUUUCUUCAGAAAUUGGACUUGUCUGUCGUAAACCAGUUUAUCGCAUCUGCUAAUCAAAUACCUUUAUGUAAAAGAAACAACUCCAAUAGCAUUUUGAGGUAGACUAGAAUGAACAGAGUUUAAGAAUAUUUUUCUUUUGCAUUGCACUGUUCCAGCAUAUCAGUAUAUUUAAGUUCUACAGAGAAAGCAUGUGACAUUGCUAGCCCAGUCCUUAAUGUAUUUUAACAUGCUGGAAUUAUUCACACCUGUUCAAAGUUAUUCAAAAUAUUCGCACUGUUCAAAGUGCGGAUCUCCCUGUGCUGACAGAAAAAGGUGCUAAAACUAAAGCUAGGGAGAAACUUAAGACAUCAUCUGUAUAUGUACCCUGUUUUCAUUCAAGGCUAUUUAGAAUGCUGCUGGUUACUAAUGUACUGAACCAAAAUAAGUCUUUGGCAUGCACUUUUUUUCCCUGCACCUCAGGCUCCCAGCAGUUUAUUUGUCCUAGUUCCCUCUUCUUUUCCACUUUUGUAUUGCCAGUCUGUGCUGAAGCAGGUUAAUACCUGUGAAGUCAAAACAAGAGGGAAGAAAAAUAAAAAGUAGCCAAAGCAAAACAGUACUUU